AUGCAGUUGGGAGUAUUGGAGGAUGAGGUAUUGUUUCAGUCAACCAUCCCAGAGGCAGCAGAUAUAAGCAUGGCCAUUGUCUAUGCUAUAUUUGGGGUGUGCUCAGUGUUUGGGAACAGCAUGCUUCUGUAUGUCUCCUACAAGAAGAAGCACCUGCUUAAGCCGGCCGAGUUCUUCAUCAUCAACCUGGCCAUCAGUGAUCUGGGUCUGACUCUCUCCCUCUACCCCAUGGCCAUCAUCUCCAGCAUCUUUCACAGGUGGUUGUUUGGGAAGACUGCAUGUUUGAUCUACGCUUUUUGUGGCCUUCUCUUUGGAAUAUGCAGUCUGACCACGUUAACCUUGCUAAGCAUGGUGUGCUUUAUGAAAGUGUGCUACCCUCUUUAUGGUAACAGGUUUCGACCAAUCCACGGACGUCUGCUGGUGGUGUGUGCCUGGCUGUACGCCCUUGUCUUUGCCGGUAGCCCCCUGGCCCACUGGGGUGAGUACGGCCCGGAGCCCUACGGUACCGCCUGCUGCAUCGACGUGCGCCUGUCCAACCUCCAGGCUGGCGCCCGCUCCUACACCCUCACCCUCUUCAUCGCCUGUUACCUCCUGCCCUGCUCCAUCAUAGUGGCAUCAUACACAAGCAUCCUGGUGACCGUGCGCACCACAAAGAAAGCCAUGGAUCGCCACGUGCCCAAGAAGACUCGAAUGAGCAACAUCCAGGCCAUCAUUGUAAAGCUCAGUGUGGCCGUGUGUAUUGGCUUCUUCACUGCCUGGAGCCCCUAUGCGGUGGUGUCCAUGUGGGCUGCGUUCGGCCGCCUCGAGAGCAUCCCUCCGCUGGCCUUCGCCAUGCCUGCCAUGUUCGCCAAGUCCUCCACCAUCUACAACCCCCUCGUCUACAUGCUGCUGCGCCCCAACUUCCGCAAGGUCAUGUGCCGGGACCUGGGUGCGCUGCGUCGCGCCUGUCUGCGCGCCUGCAUCUGCUCAUCGCACCCCCCUGGCCCGGGUCCUUCCAAGUCAGGCCCCAGCAUGGGCAUCAUGCCCCUGAGUAAGAGCCACGACAUACUGAUCCACACCUCAGUGCACACCGAGCUGACCCAACCCAGGGGGCCCAAGGGUAGAGCUUGCGGAUGCAGCGACACUUACGAGUGCUUCCGCAACUACCCCAGGGCCUGCUGCGCGCACCUCAAGCCCAAGGCAGCGUGCGUCCAGUGCCUCUCUCAGGAUAAGGUUGCCCCGGUGACCUGUGACCUGGAAAUGCAAACCAAAAGGCUCCAUUGCGGCAGGGUGGUGCCUAGGGAACGAACAGAAGACAUUGAUCAUUUGGAGUUUAACUUGAAAACUGUGCCAGGUCAUGUUAAAGUGGCCUGGCCGUAAAGCCAUUUGAUAUCUGAUAUUGUCGAUUUUACAUUCUGCUUUGCUGAUUCACCACAUACGUUGCAUUAAAAUGUCAAAAUAUGGACACAUUCACUUCUUAUUUAUUUCCUACAGCCUUUUCUUACUACUGUAAGAGCUCUCAGCACUCAAGCUAUCAAGUACUGUGGUUAAUAAACAAUGCUGCAGUGAAAAAAAGAGAAUACAGCUGAAAUGGAGGAUUCAGACAUCAACUCACUGUAACAGCUGUACAGUUGUAAAUAAUGAUGUCUAACAUAAAAAAGAUGUAUUGUCUGCCAUGUAUUGUCAGGCAUUAACCCAUUGUGUGAACAGUGACGUGUUAAAGAAAUGGUGGUGUAAACAUAAAUUAAUGUCAUGAAAUACGAGAGGACUUAUUAAGAAUAUGAUUUGAGAUUUGUCCUUUUGCCUAUAUGCAAAUUAUCAUUGAACUCGUGCUUCUUCGGCAGUGAUGUUAAGCAUGUAUACCAUCUACAAACUCAGGGUAGUUUUGCUACACAUUUGAUUUUCAGGUCGUACACAAACCCACGGCUAGCAGUCAGAUUAUGCUAAAGCACAGAGAUGUUCAAUGGAAAGGGUUCCAUUAGCAGUCAGUGGAGCUGCUCAUGAUGCUGUUUUGGCUCGGGUCAACUUACUAAUACUGCGUGGAUUAAUUUUUCACACAGAGGUAAAAGGUGGUUCAGUUUUACAGGGAGACUAAUAUCAAAGAAAACACCUUUUUUACUGAUUAGGUUUGUAGGAGGAAAUAUGCAUUUUUUUAACAAGUCCUCAUAAUGUAUUUUCUGUAAUACAUUUCAGCAAUGUUUCAGGGCAUUUCCUAAAUCGUAAAAAUGUGUUUAUUUUGGAAGUUGUCAAGUAGUACUUUUAAAAG